GGCCUGUCUCUGGCUUAGAGGACUCCAUUUCCCAGCGUCCUCUUCGGCCGCGGAGCCUGUCGGGAGAUCUGCCUCUCCUUCUGCAGGCCGGGAAAAGAAGAAGAAGGAGGAGGAGAAGAAGGCCCUGGGUUAAGGAUGGCAGAGCUGCGAGUCUUUCCUCUUGCCUGUGCUGUGCAGAACUAUGCCUGGGGCAAGCUAGGCCAGGAGAGUGAAGUGGCCAAACUCCUAGCAAGCAAUGAUCCCAUGGUGCAGAUCGAAGCAGAUAAACCAUAUGCUGAGCUUUGGAUGGGUACUCACCCCAAAGGAGAUGCAGUGAUUCUAGAUAAUCGCAUCCCUCAAAAGACCUUAGGGCAAUGGAUCGCAGACAACCCCGGGUGCCUGGGCUCCAAGGUGAAGGAUACUUUCCAAGGGCAGCUGCCAUUCUUGUUCAAAGUGCUGUCAGUCAACACAGCCUUGUCCAUCCAAGCCCAUCCCACCAAGGAAUUGGCAGAAAAGCUUCAUGCUCAAUAUCCAGAACACUAUCCAGAUGCCAACCACAAGCCGGAGAUGGCAAUUGCCCUCACUCCCUUUGAGGGCAUGUGUGGCUUCCGGCCUGUUGAGGAAAUUGUGGCUUUCCUCCAGAAUGUUCCUGAAUUCCGGACCCUAAUUGGGAACGUGGCCGCAGAACAGCUGGAGCGCAGCGUGAGCGAUGACCCUCGGGGUGUGGCGGCUGCUUUGCGUGUCUGCUUUACCAGAAUGAUGAAGAGCGAGAAGAAGGUCUUUGUGGACCAGCUCAACAUGUUGGUGAAGCGGAUUUCCCAAGAAGCAGCUGCAGGGAAAGAUACCUCAGCCAGCUGCGGUGAACUUCUUCUCAAACUCCACUCCCAAUACCCCGGAGACAUCGGCUGCUUCGCCAUCUAUUUCUUGAACCUAGUGAAACUAAAGCCAGGAGAAUGCAUGUUUCUGGGAGCCAACGAACCUCACGCCUACCUCUACGGAGACUGUAUUGAGUGCAUGGCAUGUUCCGACAACACUGUGCGAGCAGGCCUGACACCCAAGUACAUCGAUGUCAUCACCCUGUGUGAAAUGCUGAACUACACCCCAGCUCCUAGCAGCUCCAAGCUCUUGGUUCCUGUUCAGAGUCGCCUGGACCCUUGCAUCUACCUCUACGAUCCUCCCAUUCCAGACUUCUCUGUCAUGAGGAUAGAGAUUCCUUCUUCCAUUAAGUUAUACCUUGUUUCUGCCAUCGACUCAGCUAGCAUCCUCUUGGUGGUCCAAGGGACUGCUGUCGGCACUUCUACAGCAGCUGUGUCCGAAAUGGCCCUCCGCCGUGGCUCCGUGCUCUUCAUCUCAGCCAACGAGAGCGUCUCUUUACACCAGUCUGCAGGCGAAGGGAUGCUCCUUUUCCGAGCCUGCUGCCUGCUCUAAUAUGGGACUUUUUGUCUUUCUUCCCUUGCUCUGACUCCCUUAGCAUCAAUAGAACCUGGCCUGAACCCUCCGUAAAUGCCAACUGAUUUCUACCCCAUCAGAUCACUGUGUCAAAAGUCCAACUCAUUCAGGCUCACCCAUCUGUGGUUAGCUAUUGUUUCCCAAUCUUCUUGCCUUUACCCUAGCCUGCCCCUGCAAGCACUGGAAAGAGUAGUCAGGAAAUCUCUGCAGUAGCCCAUUCUGGAGGGCUGGAUUAUUCCCACCCCUGGUUUAGAUGUUGAUGAACUACUAUCCCGCAUCCUUGUCUAUGCUGAAAAAGACUGACAGGAUUUAGAGUUUGACAUCAUUUAGAGGAUCAUGGGUUCUCCAGUUCUGCAUUAGUGCUCUCUGGCAGCUCAAACUGCAACCCAGGUACUUUUUCCAAAGUCACAGCAGCCAUGGUACCAUGAUUACAUGUGGAAGAAUUCAGGUUCACCUUCCUGAUAUACAAGGGUUGACAUCCUGUUAAUGGUAGACACAGGUGCAAGUCUAUAUUCUAUCUGUAUGUGUUUUUUUGGGGGGGGGGGUCAAUGUGGAAGCAAAUACAGUCAUCCCUCCAUAUUUGCAGAUUUGAUUAUUCACGGAUUUCAUUAAUAUGUUCUCUCUA